AUGCAUUUCAUGACUACAAUCACAGUCUUUACUUCCGCUGUUGCCGCUUUCAGCCUCAAAGGCUGGAGAAAGCCUCAGGUUGCACAGCUCAAGGUCUCUGAAGCUCAAGAAAUCUGCGGGCAGGACACAAGUGUCCGGUGUUGCAACAACAAGGGCGGCAAUGGGAACAACAACAACCAAGGCGGAUUCUUGGGUCUUUCCUCCACGAAUCUGAACAUCUUCAACAACUGCGUCGACAUCAGCCUGAACGUUGUAGGAAUUCUUGAUGGUACUCUUGGUAGGAAGUGUAGUGGCAAUGUGGUUUGCUGCCGGGACUUCCCAUUUGCUGAUAUCACCGGCCCCAUCAACGACGGACGACCCUGCAUUGAAUUAAGCAACCUGCUUUAA